GUCUCUUACGCGUUAAAGACGACUAACAACAUCGCUGAAUAUCGUGGGCUACUUAACCGACUACGGUAUGCUGCUAGGUGCAAGCUGUUGGGAGUACACGUCGUCGAACACACAAUACGGAAGCGGAAAACGCCUCGAGCCAAGCACCUACAAGGGCUGUAUACACAAUGCCGACUACUAGCGGAUCGACUGAUGAUGUCCUCCUGGUCUCAUCGUUUACGCCACUUCAACAAGACGGCGGACGGAUUAGCCAACCUGGCCAUGGACACCAAGAAGAGCACGCAGGUAACCGCUGCAGACGUAGCAAGC